AUGGCGGACGAAAACAGUGAAAAUAGUGUUGAUAUUGUUGGUGAUAGUACUCUCACGGAAAAGCAAUAUUUGUCAAUAUUUAUUAAAACAUGGGAAACUUAUCCAGAAUUAUGGAAUACGUCUUGCGAAGCAUAUCGCGAUAAAGAAGACAAAGAAAAUGAUCAAGACCAAUAUAGGUAUUCGAUUAGCUCAAUGGAUCCACCUCCAACUCCAGUAUCAGAAAAUAAGAAAAGAAAAAAGGACAAUGACCAGCAAAACCUUUUACAGAGAACUUUAUCAUUUUUGGAGAAGGAUUCUUCUGAUAAUCAAGAAGAAUAUCAUCUUGCCAAAGUCUGGGCCGCUAAACUGACAAAACUGGAGUCUACGCAAAAACUUUUAGCGGAAAAGGCAAUUAACGAUAUUUUAUUUGAGGCACAACUUGGAAAAUUAGACAAAAACUCCGUGAAAGUUAAUGAACAUGUACCAUAUACUGCUAAUAGUAUUACUAUGACACCUCCACAGACUUUGUCCAAGUCUGUAAUUCACCAUCAACCAAUUGUAACCACCGGUGUUCCAUCUCAAAUAAUAUUAAGGCAUCCACUGACACGAUUGCAACAGUUUGAGUAUGGUCCACAAGACAAGAAAAUAAACAAAAUAAUAAUAUAA